AUGGAAAUUAAAUAUACACAAAUUUUUAUUAAUAAUGAAUGGCAUAAAGCAGCAAAUGGUAAAACAUUUCCUGUCUUCAAUCCAUGUACAGGAGAAGAAAUUUGUCAAGUAGAAGAAGGUACCAAAGCUGAUAUUGACAAAGCAGUCGAAGCCGCUAAGAAAGCUUUCGAUUUCAAGUCACCUUGGCGUAAAUAUGAACCUGCUGAACGUGGUAAUUUGCUACGUAAACUUGCAGAUUUACUUCGACGUGAUGUCGAUUAUUUAUCAAAAUUAGAAACAUUGAAUGGUGGAAAAGUCAUGACUGAUAGCGUUGGUGAAGUUUUUGCCUCAGCUGCUUGUCUUGAUUAUUACGCUGGAUGGGUUGAUAAGAUUGCUGGUGAAACACUUCCAUCAGGACCAGGUAUUUUUACCUAUACUCGACAUGAACCAGUUGGUAUUUGUGGACAAAUUAUUCCAUGGAAUUUUCCACUAUUCAUGCUAGUCAUGAAACUUGGACCAGCAUUAACUUGUGGCAAUGUUGUGAUUCUUAAACCAGCUGAACAAACACCACUUACUGCACUUUAUUGUGCUUCUCUUAUCAAAGAAGCUGGAUUUCCACCAGGUGUUGUUAAUAUUGUACCAGGCGAUGGACCUAACUGCGGUCAUGAAAUCGCUGUUCAUGAAAAAAUUGAUAAAAUAGCUUUUACAGGUUCAGUUGAAGUAGGAAAAAGAAUUCAACAAGUUGCAGGAAAAUCAAAUCUUAAACGAGUUACACUCGAACUUGGUGGAAAAUCACCAUUGAUUAUCUGUGAAGACGCUGAUUUGGAUCUUGCUGUUACAACCGCUCAUAAAGCAUUCUUUACACAUGCUGCUCAAGUCUGUUUUGCCGCAUCACGGGUGUUCGUUCAUUCAAAAAUUUACGACCAAUUUGUGUCCAAAAGUGUAGAAUUAGCUAAAAAACGUGUUGUUGGUGAUCCAUUUGAUUCGAAAACAGAACAAGGACCACAGGUAUACCCAAAAGAUAUACAUAGUGGUGUUCAAAUAAUUAACAGUACUCAAUGUGAAUCAAUUCUUCAGUACAUUCAAUCGGGUAAAGAGGCCGGUGCAAAACUUGAAUGUGGUGGUGAACGAAUUGGUGAUAAAGGCUAUUUCAUUCAACCAACUAUCUUUAGUGAUGUAAAAGAUGAUAUGAAAAUAGCUCGUGAAGAGAUUUUUGGUCCAGUAAUGUCAAUAUUUAAAUUUGACUCAUAUGACGAAGCAAUUAAACGUGCAAAUGAUACACAUUAUGGUCUAGCUGCUGGUGUUAUAACAAAAGAUUUGGCACGUGCUCUACAAUUUGUCGAACAGUUGGAAGUUGGUUUCGUAUGGGUCAAUCAGUACAGUGCCAUUCAAUUUCAAGCUCCAAUCGGUGGUUUCAAACAAUCCGGCUAUGGACGUGAAUUAGGACGAUAUAGUCUUGAAGAAUAUUGUGAAGUGAAAACAGUUUCAAUCAAAAUUGACUAA